AUGUCUUAGUGGAGAAAAGAAGAGGAGGAGGAGAAGGAGAUGGCAGAGGAGGAGGCUGAAGAGCUGAAAGUGGUAGAAGAGGACACAGAGAAAGAGAGCAUAGUCUCCUACUCCCCCCUUUCUCCUCAGACAUCAAGCACAGAGCAGGUCCAAGAGCUGAACAAUGCAGAGCAGAACUGGUUCUGGGGCUGGUUCUCGCCUUUCUCCCUCUUCUCUGGGUUGACCACGCUGGCAGACAGGAAGAGCUCUCUGCAGGAGCCCAUCUGUUGCCUGCUGGACAAGAAGAGGCCCCCAGGCAACACAUGCUCCGAGUGCGAGAUCCUGUUCUGCAGGAAGUGUGAGGGGCUGCACUACAACCCGGGUUUCAUAGAGCACUGCAUCCUGGGCCAUGGCAAGGAGGAGCCAGUGGGCAGGGGCUCGGGCCUUAUCAGCCCCAUUCUGAGCGCAGAUUCCAUCAACCUGGCUGUCGCUCCAGGGGGAACAGAAGAUGAAGAAAUAAAGAGAAAAUGAAGUGGC